UACUUUAAUAUAUUCUACUUUACACCAACCUGAAGGUAACCCAUAGUUAAUGUCUUUUUAACCCGUUAUAUAAUUGAUACAAAGAAAACUAUAUAAAUAUCAUCUUAUAUAUAUCUACAUAGCCAACAACAGCCACUCUCUUUAACCUGUCUCACCAACUCACAUCUAGAAGCUAUUUUCUGUCUUCUCUCUCUGUCCCCAUUCUUUUCUUUUAGGUCAAACUCCCUAUAAAAUCCUAACCUCAACUCCUUCUUACACUGGCUUUCUGUUUUCUUCUUGUUUUCUAGUUUUUCCAUAACAAAUCAUGGGAAGAUCACCCUGUUGUGAAAAAGCUCAUACUAACAAAGGUGCUUGGACUAAAGAAGAAGACGAUAGAUUGAUUUCUUAUAUUCGUGCUCACGGUGAAGGUUGUUGGAGAUCUCUUCCUAAAGCUGCUGGUUUACUCCGCUGCGGCAAAAGCUGCCGUCUCCGCUGGAUUAAUUAUCUCCGACCGGACCUUAAACGCGGGAACUUUACCGAAGAAGAAGAUGAACUUAUUAUCAAACUUCAUAGUCUUCUUGGUAACAAAUGGUCUUUGAUAGCUGGAAGAUUACCCGGUAGAACGGAUAAUGAGAUAAAGAAUUAUUGGAAUACUCAUAUUAGAAGAAAGCUUUUGAAUAGAGGAAUUGACCCUGCUACUCAUAGACCUUUAAACGAGGUUUCUCAUUCUCAUUCUCAAUCUCAAUCUCAAUCUCAUUCUCAAGUUCUUCAUCUUCAGAACCAGAACCAGAACAAGAAUCAAGAAGGUGUAACUAUAGCUGUAGCUGCUGCUGCAUCUGUAUCAACUACUACUUCUACUGUUAUAGCAGCUACCACACCCACAUCAAUUAUCUCUUUCGCUCCGUCUAUUAAACAAGAACAAUAUCAUAAUCAUUAUCAUAAUCAUCAUCAAGAGAUGAUGAUUAAAGGGUCGGUGUUAGAGCGGUGUCCGGAUUUGAAUCUUGAGUUAACUAUAAGUCCUCCACGGCAACAAGAAUCUGAAGAACAAUUCAAAAACAGAGACAGAAACAACAACAACAGUAAUAGCAACAACAACAAUAGUCUCUGUUUUGUUUGUAGUUUGGGUUUACAGAACAGUAAAGAUUGUAGCUGUGACGAGAUUGUUGGAAAUUCCAGCGACGGAAAAGCACCUGCUUAUGAUUUCUUGGGUUUGAAAGCUGGUGUUUGGGAUUACAAAGGCUUAGAAAUGAAAUGAAGAAUGAAGAAAAAUGAAAAAUAGCUAUAGUGUUGGAAAAACAGAGUAUGAAAUGAGAGAGAAUGAGAUUUCAUUAAUUUUGAAAAAAAGACAUUUUCUAUUUUCUCAUGUAAUUUGUAUAAAUAAUUAGUUGUUGAUGCAUAAGAUAUAUAGUAUCAGUAUAGCUGAACAUUAUUGGCUA